CUUUACUUCCCCCCACCGCUCCUUUAACAGUAUCCCAUUCCCCUUCUUUUUCUCUAUAAGCUUUUAAUUUUCCUCAUUUCUUCGACUUGAACAGUCCACACGCUGUCGCCUCUUUUCAGCCUCAAAUAACCUCUACCCUCCCCUCUGGGAGGUCUCGUCAACUCUCCCCCUCCUCCCCCCUUUUCUUGGUCCUACACAGGCACUUCGACUGUCGCCAUGCGCAAAGGUUUAAUAUUGUUCCUGGUGUGCAAUCUCAUCAUUAUCGGAUUUCUUGUGAAUUUUCUAUUCACCCUUAUUACUUUGCUGUUCGAGGACUGCUCAGCGGAUGCCAUUCAUUCUGUCGAUAUUCCAGCUCCCAAUUCGCAACUCAUCGAUUCACGACCCCAACUAAUUCCGAAAAUUAUCCACCAGACUUGGCAAAACGAGACUGUUCCCGAGAAAUGGCGGGAGGCUCAACAGUCGUGUCUGGACUUGCAUGGAGAUUACGAGUAUAAGCUCUGGACAAAUGAGAAAGCGAGGGACUUUGUAGCUAAGGAGUACCCGUGGUUCAUCGGUACCUACGAUAGCUAUCCUUACCCCAUCAUGCGCGCCGAUGCUAUUCGAUAUUUCGUCUUGGCACAUUUCGGCGGGAUCUAUAUCGAUCUCGACGAUGGCUGCAACCGGCGACUAGAUCCAUUACUCUCGUACCGCGCUUGGGUCCGAAAGACUAUCCCUACUGGUAUUUCCAACGAUGCCAUGGGGGCUGUUCCACAACAUCCAUUUUUCUUGCGUGUUAUCGAGAGUCUUCAAACCUAUAAUCGUAAUUGGCAUGUCCCCUACAUUACUGUGAUGUAUGGUACCGGCCCGUUGUUUCUCAGCGUUAUCUGGAAGGAGUACAUCCGUUGGGGAACAACCGAGGAGGGAAGAGUCAGAGUUCUCAUGCCGGAAGAAUACAACAAGAAUCCUUGGAGUUUCUUCGCGGUCUACAAGGGUUCCUCAUGGCACUCCAGCGAUGCCAAAACCAUCUUCUGGAUGGGUCAGCAUUGGCUCUUCCUGACCGUCUGCGGCUUUUCUCUUGCCAUCACGCUAUACCUUACCGGGUUUUGGAUUUAUAAGAGACUCCAUCUUCGCAACACAAACUAUACCGAACAGCCAUCACCUUGGUGGUGGCCGCGCCGAGAGACCGUAGUCGGAGCUGGCUUCAAGAGGCUGCCAAAACAUGAAGUAUAG